CGAGCACAGUAUGUAUGCAGCUGCACAGACAUCAUAGCGAUUGCGUAGAAAUACACGUCCGUAAUAUUCUCUUUCAAUCUUUGUCUUUAGGUGUUGGUCAUACUUAGACGUAAAACAAGCAACUUCGACUCCUUGUAUGCUUCUGCAAGCAGUGUUGAGCUUGAUCACUUCUGAAUUUAUGAAAACUGAAAAUUCUCGAACUCUCCACGACUUUCUAUCUCCUCCCAAUAUGAACUAAAAGACAAUCCACGACAAUCUUUCUCUGGCUCUGGUAUCAGCACAGGCAGCCAGCGGUGUUCCGCAACCUGCCGGUUGGUUGGCCCCCAAUCAUCCCGCAUCUUGCCAAAUCAAAAUACGCUCCAGCACCAUCCAGCUACGACCGGAGACGCUGCGCUUUGCGGCACUGAGUUUAGAAAUACGAAAAGUACCACAAAAUCGCUCAUGCCGGACAACACGGGCGCCAGCCACAACCGCCGGGUGUUGACCGAAUGGCGGGGCAGCGUGAACAGCAUCUGCUCCCGGCCCUCCGGCGGUCGACUACUCCGUUUGCGGCAACACAACGCCACGAACUGUGGCGGGGAGUCGAACCCACAGCCACUGGACGAGGAGGUUUUGUACAACUAUGGCACGGCGCUCAAUAACAAGUAUGUUCCCAACUCCCAGGACUACAAUCUGCACUUGGAAAACAGCCCGGAGCUGCCAAGCUAUCCGUCGUACGAUCUGUCGGUGGUUUCCUCCACAAAGGAGGGUGCGGAGCUGCUGGAGCAGCAGCAGGACAGCUGCGUCAACACUUCUGCCGCUCCUAGCGCCGUGCACAGCUGCCGCGAAAGUGUUCUUGUGGAAGUAGAAGCCGAAAUAAAUUCGAAAAUUGCUGCUACUGGUGCCGCAGGCGCUGCAAGUAGUAAUUUCAGAUACAGCUCGCACGUAGUACAACCGCUGCGGGAGGGCAGUAGCUUGCAGAAUAGCAUCUGUACCACGAGCUCUACAACAUCGUCCUCGGCGGAUGGCGGCGCGGCAGUGUAUCUGGGAGGCUGCAGUUCGACGUCGUCCGGCGCAUCCGCUUCAAGAAGUCCGCACUCUGAUGUUCUUUUUCCCUGUGCAGGAGCUCCAUCGAGCUGCACGGAAGAUGCGGAAGCGGAUAAGGAAAUAAACCCGACCGAUGUUCUUGGAACAAACGGGGAGAACCUGACGUCCGGAGAUAGGGAUCAGCAGGCACAUGCUGCAGCCGCCGGCGAGCAGCCUGAGGGUCGUGACUGCAAGUCCGAGAAUAUUAUGAGAGCGGGCGGCCAAGUGGAGGAGGUGAAAAAUCAGAAGGAUAAGCCAAACUACCAGGGUGCAGACAAGAAGCUGCAAAGUCGCCAAGAAAGUGUGUUCACGGGCUCAACUGCUGCAGCUCCUUCCAUUGUAGUCGAGCUAAAAAUUUUUUAUUUCCCUUGCAUCUGCGAGCAUACUGUCUUGUUCUCUGUUACGCCUUUUCGUGCUGUCGUGUACUGCACUACUGCUGGUGUGGUAUGUAGUCAUCCCCUGCGAAUGUAGUAACCCAUUUCAUUUGUUUUUCUAUAAUGUGUAGAAGUUUUUGAUGAACUACUUGGGCUCCAUUUUAAAAUUCGACCAGAUAAAGAGUCGCAAGCUGCUUGUGCUGCAAAGAUCAAAGUAUGAAAGAAAAACCAAAUGUCAAUCAACUUCAGCAUUUGAAACAAAAACAGGUACGGAGUGUGGCAACAACUGGCAGCAAUAGCGUUCCCAUUUCCAUUUUUGACACGAUCUCCCCAACCUCCCGGAAGACUUCAGGCUCCCCGAAUACUGCGGCCAGCGAGACGUCUCGGAAGCUACCAAAUGCGGAAAAAACCAAAACGAAAGACAACGGGCGUAGCAGAGCCGGGACGGGGAACGCGAUCAAAAACUCGACCACAAGUAACAAGAAAAAUCAUUUGCAUGCGGUAACCAAAAAGCACGGGGAUUCAGGAGCACAGCAGCAAGGAUCUUUCAGCUGCUCGAAGAACCUGCACAAUCCAGGAAAUAACGGAAGCAAGACCGCCCAAAACCACACUAAAUCCGGUAGGAACAAGCUAGGCCAGAAUGCGGGCCGGUCGAACACCAACGCCAGCAAAAACGGCGCUUCGCCAAUUCCAGCUGGGAGUAGCAGACAGGGCAGAUCAUUUGGAAAUGACAGCAGUAUGACCAACAAACAUCAAGCGGCGGCUAUAUCUGCCGCGGCGGCAUCCGCGACCAGUGCCGCCUAUCACGCCUACCAAAUGGCGGUCAGCAGUGCAAACGGUGCGGUCGCCGCUUUGCAAGGUGCAAUGUCCUCCACCGCAGGGCUGCACCCUUCGUCGUCGUCGCACCUAUGCAACGAAAAAAGUGUAUAGUACAGUUACACAUUCACAUUGUGUUGCAGGCCAAGCAAGACAGACAAGUAGGUCUGUCAUGCCGGAUCUGCAUAGGGCUCCCUCUCGUUUCACACGUCCUUUGCCUUUCGCUUGCUGCAUUGCAAGUUUUCUUUCUCAUGCAGAGAGAGUAACAGAAUCAGAAACAUCAGUGUAUCUGUAACAGUUUUUUCGUAGGAUAGCAUCUCGACACUGACCAGUGGCUGGAGGCCGAGUUUUCUGAUUUGGACCCGACUAUCAAAUGUAAAAAUGUCUGGGUCUGGAAAUUUGUGAUGCUGAGUGGCGUAGCAUGAGGAGGCCACAAGUGCUGGCUCAGCAUGACAAAUUUCUGAGCUCGUAGGCGUUGCCUAUUCUGCAUGACAAACUGCGUCUCCGCAUGACAGAGAAAAAAAUCUCUUGGGCAAUGUGCAUGACAGAUUUAAGAGUCAUGCCAGACAAGCAUGACAAACAUGCAUUCUUCCAGACCCAGACACUUUUACAUUUGAUACCGACAAGUCUCGAGCAACUCAACUCGGCUUGGCGCCAGGAGCAGCUGCUACAGUCCAGCCAGUUGGUCCACCAAUUUCACCAGUACAAUGUGGCUGCUGGAGGAGGAGGAUGCGUAGGUGGAGCUGCCUCAGCGGCACCAACAGCGGCUCUUCAUGCUCUUUCCGGGCCGCAUCCCUGGAUCCCCUUGCACCACCCGCCCUACCCCGGGGCGGUGCCAACACAUUGGGUGCAAGUACCUGUAUACGCAGACACGGCAGUGGGUGCACCAGGCUCUUCAAUUGCGCAAGUACCUGUAUACGCACUCGGUGGUGCUGCAACAGGAGGCUCUUCAAUUGCAUGCUCAACCAUUGCAGCACAAGGCACAGGAGGUGCCGCUGCCUAUCCACCCGGCUUGGAGCAUCCAUCAGGAAGUAGGGGUGUUGCAAGUACGCUGGCCGGUGCAGCAGCAGCUGCGGGCACAACCACCGGUGUCGAGACAGUAGGAGCGGACUCUGCACUUGCCGACGCCGGAGUCGUCCCGCAACACAUGCACUCCCUCCCUGCCGCGUGGUGGUCUCCACCCCGAGUAGUACAACCAGCCACGACAGCAAGCGCCGGAUCGGCCACGGCGGGAACCUUGACUGCGCACCACCAUCCGCAUAGCAGCAAGCACCACUACGACGAGGCUUCGCUACGCCGAGGAGCAGCAGCCCAAGUGGGCACGUACACGACCUCUGCGGGAGCGCCACCGGGUCUGUCGUUGUCUUCUGCGGGGGGAAGUGGAGCGGCAAUGGUUGCGGUCGCGUCGCACAAAAUGUCGAGUAACAAGACAUCAACCUCAACCACAGCGGGCACGACCACUUCAUCAGGUGCUGCCGCUGCAGGUGCCACAACAUCAGCCACGCUAACAAGUAACAAGAAGCCCGUGCGCCAGCCUCCGGGACUGUGUCAGGUGGAGGACGAUGCCACGACAAGUGCGGGGACGUCAAACAUCUCCAGCGCUGCGGCGGUGAGUACCUGUUCGGGGACGAACGAAAACAACGUUGUGGGACCUCCCGAGAUGACCGCGGGAGAAGCAGGUGCUAGUAACCUCAUGAAUUUUUCGAUUUCGUCCAACAAUGGUUGUAACAGCUCGACUUCUUCUUGUGCAGCGCCUAUUGCCGGAAGUGUUCUUGCAGGGACGAAAAGCGGGAAUAACAGCAGCAAUAGGAAGCAAGUGGAGGUCAGGUCUCGCGGACAGCAACACAAAAACAUCUACGGUAUUCUCCCGUCGGAAAGAGAGAAGCAGGAAGAACUGCAGGCGGCAACGAAUGCGCAGAAGAAAAAGCUGCAGAAUGCGCUGCUGGAGGAGCGAGCGAGCAGCGCCAAGAAGACCAAUUCGAGUGCGGUGGGAGCAGGCGGACUGAAAAAACUUAGUCCGCAAAAGGAGGCUGACUCAAGAAUGAAUGACGCAAAGCGCGUGCUGUUCAACAAUCAUGCAUCCACCGGAGCUCCCACGACAGGGACAGCUGCAGCGAUUCACGGCAACGACAGCACAAAUAAACAGACUGUCGAACAAGCUGCUAAAAAGCAAGCCGGAUCCACUUCACAAUCGGGUGCGGCGGCCGCAUCUUCCGGAAAGAGCAGUAGGCCACCUCCUGAUGUAACUACGACGAAAAAUGGCACGAGUAAGACCAAGAACGGUAUUACUGCUGUAGGAAAUGGAAAUUACGCGAUGCCAGGGUCAUGGACGGCGUCGAAAAAGGGCGCGGCGGGGAUGAAAGGCGGUUUCGGUGGGCUUUUCAAGGGAGGUAAGACCGUCUCCCCCCCGGGAAUGCCGCCGCCGACCGCGAGUCAGUACCAUUUUGCCAAUCCGAAAAUGGUACCCCCGCCGGUGCCACCCCCCUGUCUGGUAGAUCCAACAAGCGAACAACAGGUGGACAAGGACGGCACGAAACGAAAGCGCGGGGUCUUUGUCGCACGGCCCGGGCAGGAGUCCUCAACCUCGAAUUGGCACGCACAUGUGAACCAUCACGGGAGCGGGAGUGGCCUUAACUUUCCAAAGAAUGGCAAGAACCCAAAAUCGCCCGGUCUGGUAGCGCCGAAAACAAAACACGCAGUGAACACCACAGCAAGAGGGAUGGCAUCGUACCGAUUGUCUACCUACUGCGUCACUACAUUUACUACCUGACGAGCAUCACGUUUGUAGAUACAUCAGAGAGGUGAUGAAUUUAUGAGGUCUAAAAAAACUCUGAUUCGUUCAGUGAGUACUUCGAGCCGAAAAUAAAGAGGGCCUCUUUUAUCUUUGAAAAAAAAACUGCGCCCACAGGUUUCCCCCGCCACCAUACAGUGUGUACGAGUACAACCAGCAUGCCGCUGCCGCAGCGACUCUGGGAGGAGCAGGAUCGGGUGCGCAGCUUCACCAUCACUAUCCGCAGGGAAGUCACAUGGCCCCUCCACCCGGCUUGGCAGCUGCUAGAGGAGGACCAAGUACGAGCGGGGGAGGAGGUGGCCCGCCGCAGGUGAUUUCCCUGAUGAACAUGCUCGACAACCCAUUGCGACACAUGUCACACAAGUACCUGAAGAAAAAUAAGCAUCAAAUGCUGGUGGGAAAGAACUUAGUCUCUACUAAUCAAGAAGAACAAACACCCACUACACAACAGAACCAACAGCCGCAGUUGGUCGUGGAGCAGGACCCCGAUGAGCACGUGUCCUAUGUGCAGUAUGCGACAAAAAAUGCGGCUGCUUGAGUCCACGACAAGGUCAGGGGCUGAUGCAGAUAAAGAAGAUACAAUUGUUGUCAUUCGAUGUGAGUGAUAGUGAACGCGUCUCGCGACCACGGCACGCCUCUAGGCAUGAGCAACAUUCCAGGUUUCAUGCCGGAUGUUCAUAUCGCGACGCAGGUCGACGUUUCACACCUCGCGGAUCGUUGUGAACCGAUGUUGAUGAUGUUGGUUUGAAACCUGAAACGAAAUUUCACUCGUGGUUGUGAUCAGAUCUUCUGCCUCAAGCCAGUCUGCCUAUUCAUAUUUCUCGCCCCCACGCUGUCGUACCCGCGACAACAAAACCAACGAAGGAUUACACUCCACGAACCAGCGCAGGAGCUGCGGGGACCACGUUCGGUCGGCAUCUGUUACAGCCUGGACAUCAGCAUUACAGCGCGGCGGGACCUGGUGCGUCGUCGGCGUCCGCAGCUUGUACUGCGGGCGCGUCAGCGGCAGGGUUCGGUGCAGCAGGGCCUUUAUUCGGGUCACAAGGCGGUGUUGAAGGCGGCGGUCGUGUCCACGGCGGUGCGGAAUAUCCCAACAAAAGUACAGCCAGGACGAGCGGUAGCAGCAAUAAAGCCGGCUCACUCGCUGACUGGAAUGCUCGCGGUGGUAGGGGUGGUGGUGUCGCAGCACCAGGCGCCGGACAACAAGGCGGAGAAAAAUAUCUCGCGCUGUGCAGGGGCUCGAACAACAAAAUGCAGCACAGCGCCGCGUCUCACAAAGAUGAUGGGGCGGUGGAUGAUCCUGCUAGUACGUCGUCCAGUGCUGUAACAAGAGCUGAUUCGUCAAUACACGCGUGCGCUGGGGGGAAUACACAGCAACAGGUGCAUCAAACUCAAGAACUGGUGUCACAACAGGAACAGACAUGCGCAGGCCAGCAGUCUCACUUUCCCACCGCGCUUGACUUGCUGGCGUAUGAAGACGAGGAAGAUCUUAUGGGUGCCCUGCCCUUCGGCUAUGGACUACUCUUUCCCGAAUGCGUGGAAGGACUUCGGGAGGAGUGGAGAGCCAUGAAGAAGCAAAGCCAAGAGUCGCGGAAGAACUUUUUGGACACUCCCAUUGUCAGUCAGUGGACCGGAGGAAUUGAGCCCGCUGCUGCAGCGAUGGCAGGGUAACUUCGACUACCAGUGAUCCCGACCCUCUUUUAUAUAUAGAUGGAUCUCGACUGUACUUGCUCCACGUCGGAAAGCGUACUCACUCAGGAAAACUUCGGCAGCAGUUGCCGACAUUGACCUAUUUCAGACUGUAAAAAAUAGAGCUCUACUCUCUUCUUGUUCUACAUUUGGCGCUUUUGGCUCGUCGUGAUUUGUACGCAUCAUCGUCGACCACGACCUUCGACGCAGCUCGAGGUACGUAAGUAUGCAGUCGCUGCAAGAAAACAAAUUCCUUCACUAAAGAAUAUCCUGAGUAUGUAGAUGUACUGACUCCAGUUCUCUAGUUGGCAACUUUUUAGGCGUCUGGCUCGAUUGGAGCACUCGUGCCUAGGCUGCUAAAACUGGUUUCUGAGCAACAGCAAACUGUGCUGCUCUUGCACGUUCGGUUUUUCUUUAUUUUUCACAGACUGUCGUUUGAUGCUCAUUCUGCUGCCUCUCACGUGCAAUUUUCUGUUUUUGAGUUUUGCAAGAACUUUUACUUUUAAUACUUUUUUUCGUACGAAGUUGGAAGUCAAAAACUUCGAAAAAGCAAAAAAAAGCAACAAGAGCAACUUCGAAUACUUGUACACCUCUUGAUUUCUACGUUAACUUCGUACAGUAGAAUUAGUACUGCAGAUGAAACUACUACUUUUCAAACUUGGAAGUUCAAGCGGGCGAAAAACUACUAUCGAUUUUUUACACUUCUUCGGGUAUAAUUAGAAACACAAUUUUUUUCUCCGUUGCUUAAAAAGAGCUACAAGCAACCUGGUGAUUGAAUAUGUAAAGGACGACCGCAUAUUCUGCUGCGGGACAGAUGGCGCAUUACGGCGUUCGCUCCUCGGCUGGAAUGGAAUAAGGUUUCCAGCGACGGCAGGGUGACAUGCGGAGAGCCACGCACUGGUUUAUGUUGAAACAAUUUCUAUUUAGAGUUAACCAAGCACCACCCGUCCCGUAUUCACACAAAUAAUUCGAAUUAUGUGCUGCAUCUUCUCGACAUCGACAUGCUUAUUAAUUCACACCUCCAAAAAUCCAAUUUUCAAACGAUCGUCUCUCGUCGUGCGACCGACAGAGUGUUUGGAACCCAACAAGCAAAGUAGUCGUGGCUUGCACGACGUUUGUCAAGUUGCAUGUUAACAACGAAAGGUUCAGGAACACUCUGAAGACCUAUUAUCUUCUUGUAGAUAGUCUCGAUGAGCAGGCCUCCGAAUGAUGCUAGUUUAUAGCGACUCGAUUUGUACGUGUACCCCACCCAAACAGAUAUCGAUUUUAUUUCCAAUGUUCUACCGCGGCUUUGCUGACGACCAACGAAUCAAACUCCCUCGUUGGUGCGCCAUCACGCGCGUUUUUGCAUUAGAUAGAGGCCUCUAGAAAAUUAGUUCUUCGAGGGAGUCAUCUUUCGAUGUUGUUGCUGCCGAAUCGACCCAGUCGCGCUGCGUCUGCAAGUACUGUACUUGAAACAACAGGGUAGCAUUUUUUGGCUGCUAUGUUGUAACUAAUCUUCCAAAAAUGCACAUGCACAACGUGUUGUAGUACAAAAACACCGACUAAGAACGUCACUAGAAUUACACCUGUUUUUUUCCUCACAGUUCGAGAAGUGCAGAAAUUUUGAUGGUGAAGUAGCUAAUCCCUGCAUUACUUCGCUGAGUGAAGAGCUGAACCAGUAAGCGACGGGCGAGGCAAGACUAGAAUGCACCUGAUGAAUGCGAAGAUCCAAAGUGGUUGCUUUUACCAACAAAAACAGAAUCAGCUUUCUGGUCGCGGAGGCGAGCAAAUUAGGUUUCAGUGAUUGAUUGAUGCAUGUUGCAGCUUGUAGCUGGCGCUCGGCCAAGAGGUUUCGUCGAUGGAACACAGACCAGGGUCGAUGCACUCAAAGACACGCAAAACGAUUUUUAGCAGAAAUCUAUUAAUUCAUGUUGAGCCGGGUCAGCAUUUCAACUGUCGACAACAUCAGUGUGUUGCUGCCAACAUACACUCAUUGCUUGUGCGGAUAGAAUAUGCAACAAGGCCAUCGUCCAAUAGUAGCACGUAGUAGGAGGGGACUGACCACCACGUUGGAGCACAGCGGAG